AUGCCAGGUACACCUAUCGAUCAGAUGAUGAUGGUCAACCAUUUCAGCACGUUCCAGCUAACUAUGUCUCUUCUUCCUUUGUUGAAGAAGACCUCCGAAGAGCUAGAUACCGAUGUUCGCAUCGUCACUGAGUUCGGGUGUAUGACGCCUGCUUGUCGACUGACUUGGUGGAACAGCCGUGACAUCCUCGGUCCAAUUGCGGUCGUUUUUUACCGCCUGUACGUGUGCACCGGCAUCCUCGCUAUCGACAAGAUUGAUCACAUCACGCAUAGCGACAUCUUGCUGCACCUCCGUCUCGCUGCGCGCUGCAGAUUUGCUUUGCCGCCUGUUCCAACAGGAAUACAUUUCUCAUAUUUUGGGCAACGAAGCUUGCUGUCGCUCGUAAACCCCGACGCUUUUUUAACUUUUCUAAUUUCAAGACAUUCGAGGAUUUUGAUAAGGAUUUCAGUAAAGACAAAUUUCCUUAUUUUUCCCAAUAUUGCGGUCCGAAAUCGACGAAAUUCUAAGCGGUCACAGGUCACAGGAGCCAGCGACGAAACCACCAGUACAGUAUCAAAAUCAGGCUUCUCCAAACUUGCGAUCCUGUUGGCAAUGACUGUUCUACAGAAGAAACUUGCCACCACGUCUAUUACUGUCAUCUCCGUUCACCCAGGCUACGUCGAUACCUUCUCAGAUCGGCGUUCCUUGCCCCGAAUAGCCAAAUUAUUAAUUGGCUUUUUCGUAGCAAGUCCCGAUGUAGGAGCGUACAACUCCACCUUUGCUGCUGCGUCUCCCCUCAUCAAGGCUGAUCCUAAGAAGUAUAAGGGCGCCUAUCUGAACCCUGUGGGCGUUCUCAAGGAGCCUGGCGCCAAUGCCCGACGGGAGGAUCUUCAGGAGGAGUGUUACGCAAUGACAGAAAAAUAUUUAGCCUCACUUGGCCCGUGA